AUGGCCGGUACUUCUCCGACUAGACGCUCUUCUCGUGCGCGAACAACCCAAUCACAAUCACAUAAUAGCUCGAGUGCGUCUAGUGCAUCUGGCCGUGUCGAGCGGAGCACAAGAGCCUUCACUAAAACCGGUUCGCCUCAAAAGUCGACCGGUAGUGGAUCUUUAUCUUCAGAGCCCCCCGAGGAUUCAACAAUUAUAACGAACGACGACCCCAUCCUCCGUCGGCGGAGUACGCGCGGGAAAGAAGACGACCGAGAAAAGCAAUCCAAGAUAGAAUUACUCGAUAUGGCGUCUGCUGGUGACGAGAUUCAAGAGGACGACGAGGCCGUACGUUGCAUCUGCGGUCAUGAUGAAUACCCAGGGCCACCGCCCUUUGACGAGAACUUGAAGCAUGAUCCAAGAGAUACAAUUGACCAUGACCGAAUUUUUGCUAUCGAAGUUACGGAUGAUAUGGCUGGCUUUUAUGUACAAUGCGAGUUCUGCAACACAUGGCAGCAUGGUGCUUGUGUCGGUUUUGCCGAAGAGUCCAAUCUCGAAGAUGUCCAGUACUUUUGUGAAAGAUGCCGAAAAGAUUUACAUAAGAUAUUUACAGCAAGCAAUGGUCGAGAUGCCGCUUACGAUGAAGAAGAGCAACUACGCCGAGCAAUUGAAGCAAGCAAAGAAGAUGCAAUCCCCGAAACCACAGAACCACCAUCAAGACGUCCCAAGCGAAGUAGAGAUGAUAGUGAAGAGAAGGUCGAGGGUAUUAAACGACAGCGAACAACUUCCAAAUCUCCUUCCCCAAAAAUUGAGAGGCUUCAAUCCGCCGCCCCUGAAGAGUCCGAGGAUGAACUAACGAUCCGAAACGGAUCGUCAAAAAAGUCUCGGAAUGCAGCAAGGAAUCAGCGCGAAAAGGCCGAAAGAGAUGAACGCCGUGAAGAGCAAGAGCGGAGACGGGUCGAGGCUGCCAAUAAGCGAAAAGGCCGGGCUGAACGUCGGCGAGCUGAUGACUCCGACCCCUCGGAAGAAAUGCCUCUAGCAGUUCGCGCAGCAGCAAAUAGGGCAACAGAAUCCGCGCAACCUCCAGAUCCUCCGAUUUCAUCACAGCCCCCUCCUGAUACGCCUCCUACAGUCCCGGUUCCCACAAAUUCCCAUAAGAAAAAGCCAACCAACCAGAAAAAGAAAGGCAGGAAUCAAUAUACUAAAGACCGCGAUAAUCGUGAUCAUGACGAAUCACCAGCGAGGUCGGUGUCGCGCGAUAUUACAAGAAACGCCGACGAGAACGGCAUAUCACAUACAAAAUCGAAUCACGAGCCUACCGGGAAGCAGAGCAAAUCAAAGGGCGGCAUGAAUUCGAGGAUUACUAUGACAGAUAUGAAGAGGCGCGCCAAUAACAUUUUAGAAUACAUCACAAGAACGCAGGUCGAGCUCGCAAGCGAGCCGUUAUCAGACUCAGGAGCUGGUACACAACAGAACAGCGCCAGCAAUGGAUCCGUCACCACAAUACCUUCAAUUAAGGUAAACGGCGACAGCACAAAACACGAAAAUAUCGGUAUAACUACGAACGGAUCGGUAACCAACGGAGUCAGCCACAGUCUCUCCUCGCUAAAGGAAUUUAAGGAUAUGUCUUGUAUCGAGAUGAUGGACAUAUUGACACGGGAUUUGGUCAAGUGGCAGCAAGAGUUUGUGCCCUGA